AUGCCUGUUGGCGAGGACUCUGUCAUUCAAGCCACGACCCUGGAUCCGGCCUUCACGGACGGUUCUGGGGAUCCUGAGCGAAAGAAUCCAGCGGCACAUACCACUUCGCCGCCAACCUACCUCCUCUCUGAGGGUAAAGCAACUCUGCAAGAGAGCUACCUUGCUCCCGAAAGGGAUGACUUCCCCACGGAGGAGGAGAUGCGUACCCUCCCGCACGUGCCACAGAAGAUUCCAUGGAAGAUUUUCACGAUUGCGUUCGUUGAAUUGUGUGAGCGCAUGUCCUACUACGGUACCAUUGUCGUCUACUCCAACUUCAUCGCCAAACCUGCACCCACCCCGACUGGAGCAGCGCUUGAUCCUAGUUCCGAUGAAGCCCAGCCUGGUGCCCUAGGCCUAGGCAAACAAGUAGCUUUUUCUCUCACUACCUUCAACUCCUUCUGGGUCUAUGUCUGUCCACUCUUUGGAGCUUGGAUUGCUGAUUCCUACCUUGGACGUUACAAGACAAUCUUCUACUCAGUCCUCAUUGCUGAAAUUGGUCACACUAUUCUUGUCGCCUCCUCUGCACCUCAUGUACUUGACAAACCAAACACAGCGCUUGGCGUCUUCAUCGUCGGACUCCUCAUCACCGGAUUUGGUACUGGAACAUUCAAGCCUAAUAUUUCUCCAUUGAUCAUGGACCAAAUUCCACAGGAGCCACUCCGCGUCGAGGAACAGAAUGGACAACGCGUUAUUGUUGAUCCAGCCGUCACUGCAACUCGCGUGUACAAUUGGUUCUACUGGUUCAUCAACUGGGGUGCACUUGCUGGCCAGCUCGGAAUGGUCUUCGCUGAACGUUAUGUCGGUUUCUAUCUCGCAUUCCUCAUUCCUCUUCUCUUCUUCAUGCUUGCCAUUCCCGUCUUGGUCUACUGCAAAAAGGUGUAUCGUCUGCAACCUGCCAGCGGCAGCGUGCUCGGUCCGGCUUUCAAGCUGCUCAUCAAGGCUCUGGGACUAGGAGUGACCGCCAAUCCUAUGCAAACAAUCCGCAAUUGGAGGAACGGCGAUGGAUGGGAGCGCAUCAAGCCAUCUGUACUUGGAGCGAACAAGCCCUCUUGGUAUAACUUUGAUGACGCGUGGGUUGACGAAGUUCGACGUGGCUUUGGCGCCUGUGGUGUAUUCGUCUGGGUGCCCAUCUACUGGCUCGCAUACCGACAAAUGGACAACAAUCUCACACAGAUGUGCUCUACCAUGGCUCUCCAUGGCACUCCCAACGAUCUCCUACAGAAUAUGGACCCAAUCACACUCAUUGUUCUUGUCCCAAUCUUCGAUCUAUACAUCUAUCCAUGGAUGCGCAAGAAGAAGAUCAACUUCACCCCCAUCAAGAAGAUCUGCGCCGGCUUCAUCUUCGGCUCCCUCGCCAUGCUCUGGGCCGCCGUCCUCCAACACUACGUCUACAAAACCUCCGGCUACUACGACACCCACGACCCCGACUACAAGUCCCCGAUCAACGUCUGGGCCGUGACAGGCGUGUACGUCCUUGUCGCCAUCUCCGAGAUCUUCGCCUCCGUGACGACCCUCGAAUACGCAUACACCAAAGCCCCCAAGAACAUGCGAUCCCUCGUCAUGGGCGUCCAGUGCUUCACGACCGCGUUCUCCGCCGCCCUCGCCCAGGCCUUCACGCCCCUCACCAACGACCCGCACCUCGUGUGGAACUACGCCAGCGUCGCCAUCAUCGCGUUCGCCACCGGCGUGCUGUUCUACAUCGCGUACUACCGCACCGACCAGGAGGAGCAGAAACUCAACUUGCUCCCCACCGGACACUUUGGAACCAAGGAGCAGGCCGCAGAUGUCGAGAAGAGGCUCAGUGUCAGCGCUGAGCGACGGGCAAGCGCUACUGCUGCUCCUACUACGAUUGAUGAGAAGACGGCUUAG